AUGGUAUCAAAUAGUGUUACAUUUUGUGUGUCUCAGGAUUUAGAUGUUCCGUUUCGUUUAAAGAUUGUUUCAUUAGAAGGCCAAAAACCUUUAUUAAAAGCCUCUCAAAGAAUUCUUAAUCCUGAUUUAACAUUAAAAUCCUCCAACGUUUAUCCCAAUAGUGACUUAUUAGUCUCAGUUCAAAUUUUUAACAAAUUAAGUAAUAGGAAUUUAACAUUACCAGUAUAUUCCCCGUUUAAAUCAUUUAGAAAUAAUACUAGAAAAUGGAACCAAUGGAUUAAAUUACCAUUAAAAAUUAAACAGUUGGAUAAUAAUAGCAUGCUAAGAAUUGUAUUAUGGGAAUUUGAUGGCAAUAAGAAAGUUAUCUUCAGUCAAUUGGAAACCGAAAUUUUUAAUUCUGUCGACUAUUCUUUGAAAAGAGGGUUCGAAUCUAUCAAAUUUCAAUAUAAUGAUAACCCAAUUAAUUUAUUAGAAAAAUCAGUUGUCCACCAAUUAGACGACGUUCAAUUAGAGUUAUUAAACAAAUACUAUCAGAAUGAAUUAUUGAAGAUUGACUGGCUUGAUAAAAUCUCUUUGAAAAAAAUUGAAAAACAAAGAGAAAAAAGGAAUUGGCCAAUUAAUACAUUCGUAUUAAAUAUCGAAUUUCCAAUUUUUGAAAUACCAGUGGUAUAUACUGAUAGUUUAAAUUUAAAUGUACAGGAUAAAAUUCCUACUUUACAGAAUUAUGAGUUAUUAAAUGAUGGGAUGGAAAAGACAAAAGCUCAAAAUAAACUUGAUACUGAACUAAAAAAUACAACGUUUACGAAUAAAAACAUUUCUAACAUUUCAAAUGAUUCUGAAAAUCCUGACAGGAAGACAAGGCUAAAUUCUACCCAAAAGUUUUACGAUCCUGACCAAUUUAACGUAGAUCCAAUUGAAGAAAAAUAUAGAAGACUAGAAAGAGCUUCUAAAAGAAGUAAUCUAGACAAAGAAGUUAAACCUGAUACUAAGAAGAGGAAUUAUUUAAAUAGGAUUAUCAACUAUCCACCUGGAACAAGAUUGACUGCACAUGAAAAAGGUUCUAUCUGGAAAUACCGUUAUUACUUAAUAAACAAUAAGAAAGCUUUAACCAAAUUGUUACAAAGUACCAAUUUAACUGAAGAACCUGAAAGAAUUGAAGUAUUAGAACUAAUGGAUAUAUGGGCAGAAAUUGAUAUAGGAGAUGCAAUUGAAUUGCUAGGUUCCGUAUAUAGAAAUAUAACCGUCAGGGCUUAUGCAGUUAACAGAUUAAAAAAGGCAUCUGAUAAAGAACUAGAACUAUACUUACUUCAAUUAGUACAAGCAGUUUGCUUUGAAGGCGCUUCUACAUUUUCGGACAGAUCAAAUAGCGAGUUUAUGAUGGUCAACUCUAAUAUUGGAGCUAUGGCUGAUGAUGAUGAUGAUGAUGAAUUGAUACAGGAGAAUAUAAGUCGAACAGUAACAGAACAUAACAGAGCUAUAAUUAUAUCACCUUUGGCAGAAUUUCUCAUACGACGUGCUAUUAAGAACUUUCGGCUAGGAAACUUCUUUUAUUGGUACCUUCGAUCAGAAGCUGUCGAUAAUCCGUUUUUAAAUAAAAUUAUAGAUUCUUAUUGUAGCAGACUACCUAGGGAUCGUUUGCAAGUUCUGAAGAGACAAGUAACGUUUGAUAAUGUUCUUAGAGAUAUUUGUGAAGAAGUUAAAAGACUGAAAGAUACUACAAUAAAGAAGCGGGAGCUAUUGAGGCACCUAUUAACCAGUAGAUUAAAAAAUGAUACGAUGUCACACGAAAUUAUCCUUCCAUUGAACCCUGAUAUUCAUAUUAUCGAUGUAGAUAUUGAGAAUUGUUCGGUAUUCAAAAGUUCUUUAUCACCAUUAAAGAUAUCAUUUAAAACAACUAAUGAUACUUCUUAUACGUUAAUGUACAAAGUUGGGGAUGAUUUAAGACAAGAUCAACUAAUUGUUCAAAUUAUUACACUAAUGAACGAACUAUUGAAAAAUGAAAAUGUAGAUUUAAAGUUAUUACCAUAUAGUAUAUUAGCAACAGGUCCAAAGGAGGGAGCAAUCCAAUUCAUACCAAAUGAUACAAUGACAGUGAUAUUAAGCAAAUAUCACGGCAUUUUACCCUACUUCCGUGAAUUUCAUCCAGAUUUAAACGAAGAACUAGGUGUUGAAGAUUGGAUUAUGGAUAACUUUGUUAAAUCUUGUGCAGGUUAUUGUGUUAUCACUUAUAUAUUGGGUGUUGGUGAUAGACAUCUAGAUAAUCUAUUAAUAACAAGAGAUGGUCAUUUUUUCCAUGCAGAUUUUGGAUAUAUUUUAGGACAAGAUCCUAAGCCAUUUCCACCAUUAAUGAAAUUACCUCCUCAAAUUAUUGACGCAUUUGGUGGUGCUGAAUCUAGUAAUUAUAAUAAAUUUCGUAGUUAUUGCUUUGUUGCAUAUUCUAUAUUAAGACGAAACGCAGGCUUGAUAUUAAAUUUGUUUGAAUUAAUGAAAACCUCUAACAUACCUGAUAUCCGUAUUGACCCUGAUGGAUCUGUAAGUAAGGUGAAAGAAAGAUUUAACUUAGACAUGUCUGAAGAAGAAGCAACCAUACACUUCCAACAGUUAAUUAAUGACAGUGUUAAUGCUUUAAUGCCAAUUGUUAUUGAUCAUCUACAUAACUUAGCCCAAUACUGGCGUGCAUAA